ACACUUUCUUUAACCUGAGAUUUUGCAUGUCUAAGAUGUAUCUAUAUACAUGUGGUUUGUCUCGGACUCAUCUGUACUCUCAACUGACAAGGCUUUGGUGAAUUGCUUAAAAAAAAAAGUAUUUUCACAAUAUGUGAGAUUAUUCGGAUAAAACAGAGCAUUGGAGGGGCGACUUACAAUUAAUGUUCCGUUUUCAGUGUCGAAUUGUGUUCCUUAGGUCAUAAAACACUCCAAUGAAUACACAAAUAUAUAUUGGACUACGUAUCCCACAAUGCACCGUAACCGUCUUCUCUCAAUGACGUCAUAGCUGCGCGCCUCAUCUGGCACUCCUGGAUAACAACAUUCUUUCUGGCUCGCCUUUAAAGUAACAAAGAAACCGUAGCAAUGUCCCAGCAAGCAGGUCACCCGGCCUCGGACAAUCCCGCGCUGGUGGUCACCAGCAACGUGCAUCAGUACUCCAUGAAGAAGAAGAAGGUCCUGAACGCAGAGGACAGUGAGCUGUUUGAACUGAGCCAGGCUGCAGGCAUCAGUGUGGACCAGGAGGUGUUCAAGAUCAUGGUGGACUUGCUGAAGAUGAACGUGGCCCCGCAAGCCGUCUUUGAGACUUUGAAGGCCAUGUCUGCAGGCCAGAAGCUCCCCGAGAGUAGCAGCGGGGACUGUGCUAGCACCUCCCACGGCACAGGAGUCCCCCCUGCGACGGCAGAGGCCAGAGACGAGUGUUCGCUCUCUGGGAGGAGCCCAAAGCUUCCUGCAGCGUCGGGCCCCAGGGCCGCGAGGGUCAGCACUAAGAUUGUGGUCUACGGCCCCCAAGAUGUUAACUCUCAAGUGCGAAGCAAAGCAUCAGCGGCCCCCACAUCCUCAGCCGGCCACAGCGAGAAGAGCCGCGAGGCCUCCAGCCAGCGAGUGCAGCGGCAGCCCAGCGCCACUAGAGGGCAGAAGACAAAAAGCUCCGGCAGCAGUAGCUCCUCCUCGCAGAUCAACUCAACCUAAAACAGUCAGUCUUUUUCUUCUCUUCAAAUAUGCUUCAUUAACAUACUUUUACUGUAUUAACACAAACCUAGAAAAGAAAAUAUUCACACCAAGGCAGCUGUUACUCUAAGCAAUUAUGUCCCUCAAUUAUUUGCUUUUGUUGCAUUUUGUCCAAAAUACAAUUUAUUGUACAUUUUUUUUGUUUUUUAAAUAAACACAUAUUCUAAAAAAUGUAGCUUUUUUUCCCUGUGCCUGCUGAUCAAAUCAACACUAAUAUGUAAUAUAAUAUAUUGUCCUGAAGAAUUUGGAGCUAAACCUCCUUUUUCAUUGUCCCAUUUAAAGCAGCAGUUCCAUUGGCAGCAAAACAGGCCCAGAUCAUAAUACUACCAACACCUGGGAUUAAAGGCCUCACCUUUUCUCCUCCAAACAGCUCCAUUUGUGUUUCAUCUGACCACAGAACUUUCCUCCAGAAGGUCUUAUCUUCGUCCAUGUGAUUAUCACGGCUUCACCAUAUUGCCGAUAUUUUUCUAUUAUUUUAAAGCAUAUCUACAAAUUUCUUUGGUCCUAAAUUAAGCAUUUUCAAGCAUAAAAAUGGCUACAAUAACUACAAAUAUUGAUAUUAUA